CAUGGUGUCCCGGCCCGAGCCGGAGAGCGAGGCCAUGGACGCGGAGCUGGUGGUGACGCCGCCGGGCUGCUCGCACCUGAGCAGCUUCAAGGUGGACAACUGGAAGCAGAACCUGCGGGCCAUUUACCAGUGCUUCGUGUGGAGCGGCACGGCGGAGGCCCGCAAGCGCAAGGCGAAGUCGUGCGUCUGUCACGUUUGUGGCGUCCACCUGAACAGGCUUCACUCCUGCCUACACUGUGUCUUCUUUGGCUGCUUCACAAAGAAGCAUAUCCACGAGCACGCCAAGUCCAAGCGGCACAACCUGGCCAUAGAGCUUAUGUAUGGAGGGAUCUACUGCUUUUUGUGUCAGGACUACAUAUAUGACAAAGACAUGGAAAUCAUUGCCAAAGAGGAGCAACGGAAAGCUUGGAAAAUGCAAGGUUUGGUUUUGCCUAGAUUUAUGUGCCUGCUUUGGCUCCUACUCGUGCAUUCCCUCGUGUCUGUCAAGGGCAGGGCUUAUCAAGAGAAAGAUCAAUAUCUAGGGAGAAAGUCAGGGUCGGGAGAUAGGAUAGCCUCUGGGUUUUUGCAGGUGCCAGUUGAGGAUCCGGGAGAAGCAGAUGAUGUGGGUGUCGUCGGCCAGCUGCUGCCUCGGAGGCUGCGUGGCCGUUCGUUCUCACGUGUGUGUGUCUCUCCUCUUGCUUCUAGCGGAGUCUCUACCACCAUAGACCCCUUCUGGGACAUCAGUUUAGAUCUGCCUGGCUCCUCCACCCCGUUCUGGCCCCUGAGCCCCGGGAGUGAGGGCAGCGUGGUGAACGGGGAAAGCCAUGUAGCAGGAACCACUACGCUCACGGACUGCUUGCGAAGGUACCCAGUGUUUAAACUGCCCUGAUUGUUUUUAUAAGAAACUAUUCCGUACAGUUUGUUCAACUCAGGAUCCAGACUAGGUAUGCAUAUUACG